GCUAAACAACAUCUGUUCAUGGAGACGCUCAUUGCCUGUAUGGACAGUAGCAUGCCUGACCGUUUACGUCACCUCGCCCUUCGAAGUUCGCGCUGCUUGCAAUUCCCGGGAAGUUUUGACCUUGAUCAAUGGCAUUGUCGCAGACACGGUUUUGACCAAAUUCUCUGCUGCUAUCAUGUCCGUGCUUUGUCCGCGACCGGGCGUAACACCUCUUGAUGAUGAUCUUGACCCCCUCUUCAAUUGUUAUUGUGACUUGUCCUAUCUCAGACUGGUCUCUGCCCUCGCGAGAAAUUCCAUCUGGCAUCCGCAUUUGAUUGAGCAUCGCCAUGUAGAUCAUUGCAUUGGCAUGAUUGCAAAGUGCCACAAACCCUCCUUUGUGCAGCUCUAUUCCUGUCUUGUAGUGGGUAUCCUCCUCCGAAUCACACCUGAACAGCUUUCAGUUACAUCGCGCUGGUCUGUCGCAAAGGAGCAGUGGUGGGACAUGAUCAGACGUGGAUGGAUGAAUUUUUAUUCCGUUCGCUGGGUACAGGACGCGGACGCGGACGAGUUGCUUCCCGUCCUUGUGAAAGUCACAAAGAAGUAUAUACAGAUCAGUUCGAAACCUGAUCUUGUGCGGCUCAUCAAAGAUGUGGAUCGUGUUUUAAGAGGAGUAGAGCAGCGAGGAUUAGAGUGCGCUGAUGAUUUGAAGGAGUUGGGACUGCAGCCCGCGACAUACUUUAGAGGUUCGGUCAAUAGUUAUUUGCCGAGAAAUAUUCUAUCAGUCUCCUGAUUAUCACGGAGUUUGCAUGUCCCGAGAUCAGAGGAAGACAUGGUAGGGUAAGUCGGGAUUCUGUGGCAGGUAGACGCAGAGACGCGUAUAGCACCUAGAUCGUAUGAUCUCCAAAAAAUCAAUAACAAGAUUAAAGUAAUCAUAUGGACAAUACACAACACCUAAGCUACGCGCUAACGUCUCCUCCAAUACCAGCAACAGCACCUCAAACCGCCCUCACAGGUACAGGCACAGACAUAGGCACAGACACAGGCGUCUGUUCCUUCGGAAUGUGCACCGGCGUCUGCUCCUUCACCACAGGAUCAGGACUCACACCACAAGGCCACUCCCCCGCCCGCGUCUUCU